AUGCCAUGUGGUGGGCUUUGCGCGGGGGACUCUGCUCUGGGUCUCGGAUGUGCCUCCAUUGGCCGAGCGCGCGGAGAGUUGCGAGGAGCGGGGUGGCGGCAGGCAAGGCGAGACGCAAGCAGGGCCGGGGGGGCAGGGGGGGGUGUGAUGGCGCGAGGUACGGCGCGAGUGGUGCAGAAGGCGAGGGAGGUGCGGCCGACGACGACGACCCUGCAGCUGGGCGUGGGCAUGGUGGUGGUGGCCGUGCUGGCUAAGCUCGCCAUGCUCUACGACGAGUCGAAGGAGACGGAGAGAGUGGCACGGCGGGCGAGGCGGUUUGCAGAGGAGCAGGAGGAACUGGAGGCACUGAGUCGGGAGGAGUGGGAUGCGGUGAAAGCAGCGCGGCCUCAGACGCCCUAUGAGAGCGCUUUGACUCGCUCAGGGGCACGGAUCCGCACGGGAUCGUGGCCGUCCAUGGUGGGUGGGGUUUGA